CCAGUCUUAAACGGCCCGCCGACCGAUUGCAAUCGUUCAUGUGUUCUCUACAUUAUAAGACUCAACAAAAUAAAUUUUUUUUAAAGUAAUAAAAACAAACUAUAUAAAUAAAUCAUUUAAAUAAUAAUAAAUGAUAAUAUAAAUAAAUAAAUAAUAAAAAUAUGUAUUAAGUUUAUUAAUAUGAAUAAUUGUUAAUAAAGUAUAAAAUUUAUAUAUAAAAAGUUAUUAAGUGCAACAGGUCUUCAAAUGCCACGUCGUUCAUUGUAUCUGUGGCGAACAGUUUUGGAGCAACGUGGAACGACAUAACUUGCAUCAAACAUGGGUAGCAUGUUUAGAAGUGAGGAGAUGGCCUUAUGCCAGCUGUUCAUUCAGCCGGAGGCAGCCUAUCUUUCCGUCUCGGAACUCGGAGAGACCGGAACUGUUCAAUUUCGCGACUUGAAUAGCAGUGUAAAUUAUUUUCAACGUAAAUUUGUAAAUGAGGUUCGACGUUGUGACGAAAUGGAACGAAAGCUUCGUUACAUCGAAUCAGAAGUAAAAAAAGAAGCUGUACCAGUUACUGAAAUCUUUGGUGAUUUACCUCGAGCACCAAUUCCACGUGAAGUUAUUGAUCUUGAGGCGCACAUUGAGAAGACGGAACAUGAUAUACUAGAGUUAACUCACAAUGCAGUAAAUUUGAAGAGUAACUAUUUGGAGCUAUCGGAAUUACAACAUGUUCUCGAGAAAACUCAAGUAUUCUUCACCGAGUCGAAGAAUCAAGGCUCUUUUUUGUUUCUCGAUCAGCAGGAGGAGGCUAAUGACUCAAUUACACGAGCUUUGAUCAGUGAAGAGCAGCAGUAUCCAACUACCACGGGCCGCGGACGACUUGAAUUUGUUGCCGGAGUAGUGAAUCGGGAACGUGUACCGGCAUUUGAACGUAUGCUCUGGAGAAUUUCCCGCGGCAAUGUCUUUCUUCGGCAAUCGGAAUUGGAAAAGCCUCUCGAGGAUCCUAACACGGGAAACGAAAUUUAUAAAACCGUAUUCGUAGCAUUUUUCCAAGGUGAACAAUUGAAAAGUCGUAUUAAAAAAGUAUGCGCUGGAUUUCAUGCUUCAUUAUAUUCCUGUCCUAACAGCAAUGCCGAAAGAUUGGAAAUGCUGAAAGGUGUUCGUACUCGCUUAGAAGAUCUUAAUUUAGUCCUUAAUCAAACCCAUGAUCAUCGACAACGGGUACUACAUAAUGUCGCAAAAGAGAUACCUAAUUGGAGUAUCAUGGUUCGUAAGAUGAAGGCGAUUUAUCAUACUAUGAAUUUAUUUAAUAUGGAUGUUACUAAGAAGUGUUUAAUUGGUGAGUGUUGGGUGCCAAUGGCUGAUCUUACGAUGGUUCAAAACUGCCUUACUGAAGGAUCGCGAUUAUGCGGGAGCUCAAUACCGUCAUUUUUAAAUGUAAUUCACACGGAUGAAGAUCCACCAACUUUCAAUAGAUCAAACAAAUUCACAAAAGGAUUUCAAAAUUUAAUUGAUUCGUAUGGUGUGGCCUCUUAUAGAGAAGCUAAUCCGGCACUUUAUACAAUCGUUACAUUUCCAUUUUUAUUUAGUAUUAUGUUCGGUGAUGCCGGCCAUGGUUUAAUAUUAACUCUUUUCGGUGCAUGGAUGGUGAUUUGGGAAAAAAAAUUAUCGGCUAAAAAAACCGACAAUGAAAUAUGGAAUAUAUUUUUUGCUGGUCGUUAUAUAAUUCUUUUAAUGGGAAUGUUUUCAAUUUAUACUGGUUUUAUUUACAACGAUAUAUUUUCAAAAUCUAUGAAUAUAUUUGGAUCUAGUUGGAAUGUUGAAUUUACUGGUAAACAACUAAUGGAAAAUAAACAUCUUCAACCCGAUCCAGCAACAGAAGCGGGAUAUAAACAAAUUCCUUAUCCAAUGGGAUUGGAUCCAGUAUGGGCACUCGCUGAAAAUAAAAUUAUUUUUCUAAAUUCUUAUAAAAUGAAAUUAUCUAUUAUUUUCGGUGUUGUUCAUAUGAUUUUUGGUGUUUGUGUCAGCGUUAUUAAUAUUGUACAUUUUAAAAAAUAUUCAAGUCUUGUUUUGGAGUUUCUGCCCCAGCUAUUAUUCCUUAUUCUUCUUUUUGCGUAUUUGGCAGCACUGAUGGUGAUAAAAUGGAUUUUAUACAGUGCGUCAGCAAGAGGUACUGAUUGGGAGCCUCGUUGCGCUCCAUCAGUUUUAAUCAUAUUCAUCAACAUGAUGUUAGGUGGUCAAGGGAAAUCCGAGCCUUCAGACGCUGUCAAUGGAACCUUGAUAAAACCAUGCCCAGAAUGGAUGUAUCCAAAUCAAGCCAUCGUUCAAGAUGUAUUUAAAUAUGGAGCACUUCUCUGUGCCCCAGUACUCUUGUUCGGUAAACCAUUGUAUUGGUUAGCUACGAAUAAAUCAUCAAAAAAAAAUAAGAAUAUGGCAGUUGCCUCACAAGAUAUUGAGCUUCAAAGUAACAACUUUCCAUCUAAUGGUGAAGCAUCAAAUAAUGUAAAUCACAAUCACGGUGGUAACGAUGAUCACGAAGAGGAUACUUUUGGUGAAGUGAUGAUCCACCAAGCUAUACAUACUAUUGAAUAUAUCCUUUCAACAGUAUCACAUACUGCAUCUUAUUUACGACUAUGGGCUUUGUCGUUAGCUCACGGUCAGCUUUCCGAAGUAUUAUGGGUACAAGUACUCUCGCAAGGAAUGAAAUUUGCACCAGAUACAGAUUAUCUUGGUAGUGUUACUAUUUUCGUUGCAUUCGGAAUGUGGUCGUUCUUUACCGUCGCUAUUCUUGUUAUGAUGGAAGGACUUUCUGCGUUUCUUCAUACACUUCGACUUCAUUGGGUCGAAUUUAUGAGCAAAUUUUAUGAAGGCCAUGGACAUUUGUUCCAACCAUUUUGUUUCAAGAGUAUAAUAGAUACAGCAACAGCGGAAGAAAAUGAAGAUUAGAUACAUUCGUCAAUUAUAAAGACAAUAAUCGUAAGAAUAAACAAUAAAUAUUUGAUUUAUUAUUAUUAAAAAUUAUUUUAUUUGAUUUAUUUAAAAAUAAAACGUAGUGCAGCGUUAGAUUAAUAACAUAAAGUUGAAGAUAAAAUUAAAAUUUUAUUUUUAUUUUGUAUUUGCAUUCAGUCAACUUUUAUUGCAUGAAACAAAUUUUAAUUUACGAUUCUCGCUUGGAUUUAAAUCAACAUGAAACGUUGAGAUAAAAGUCACGUGUAGAUAACGAAAAACGUCACAACGCAUCAAUUUUUUCUUUUAACUUUUUUUAUAGUUUACUUUUUGUUUCAAUAAAUAAUACGUGCUCAAAAUGUUAAAUUUAAAUCAAAACAAUAAAGAAAAAUAAUAUACUUUUGUCAAUAAAUUCAAA